CUAAUAUUUGUUUAGUUGGGUGUGUAACUAUGUGGUUGAGAGUCUGGAACAUGCAAUAUUCAUGCUAGAGUCUGCUUGGAGGAUAAUUACUUGUUUUUAUGCCCUGUUUUGUUCCAUGCCGACAUUCUUACCAAGUUGUUAUUCUGCUAUAGUUAUACAUUUGUAGUAUGCUCUAUGUGCAUCACUUUUCGAAUAUGUGUAGGCCUCCAUUUAUGUGUUAAACUGUAAGAUGUUAGUAUGAAUUUAAUUACCUUCUACUCAAGCUAAUAACUAAGUAAACAACUAUGGUUUUCAAUAGAAAUCCUCUGUUUAUCUCUUCCUCUGUUUAUGCUAUGUGUACCCACAAAUCAUGCUUAUUCCUAAUUUUUCAUAACACUAGUUCAUUGCUUGUGUAGUUGGGAUUAUAGUUGAAGGAGGGGGGGUUUUGAAACAGGAUUCCAUACCAAAUAGUGAGUUUGCAUUGACUUGGGAACACACCGUAUGGUUACUUUGCUUUUACAUGACGAUCAAUUUUCUGAAGGGGGACCUACUAUAAUUGGGAGGCCAUGCCAUGCAAUGUUGUGCUAAUACUACGAUGGGUGAAGGUUUUAUGGGUGACACGAUGGGAGAAAGUGCUCGAGGAAGAGGGUAUAGACGAGGUAUUCGUGCCAGACGUUUUGUACCUUACCAUAGUAGAGUGCGUGGACCACGAGGAACUCGCAUUGCUUCAUACCACAGUCACUCAGAACCAGAUCAGUCAGGCUCAGAUGACUCAACGCAGCCUCCUAGUCAACCAUGGGAGCCUCCAUGUUCCAAUCCAAUGCCCCCACCUGAGCCAAUUAGAGAACCCCCACCAGAGACGAUUAGAGAACCCUCACCCUUAAGAGAACCCCCACCUAAUGGAGACACACAAGAUUUGACUGCCCCCACGAUGCCCACAACAAACCAAGAACAGCCCAUAUGGAGAUGUGGGCCAGCUAAGUGUAUUGAGUUUGAGAAAUUGAGGAAGUAUGGCCCCGUGAUUUUGAAGAUUAAUGACGGUGAAACAGCACCGUGUUGUUCGAACGCAGCGAUGUUCACGGCACGAGUAACGCAAAUCAUAAAACAGCAUUGCAACAUGAGCUAUGCGAGAUGGACUAAUGUGCCGCAGGCACAAAAGGACGAGUUGAUCGACCGUGUGAGAGGUGACUUCGCGUUAGAUUGGGAUCGAGAGAAUCAUAGACUGACCGUUAGGAAGCAGUUGCGUAAGUGGUUCAAUGCAUUCCACCAUGAAUUACACAAAAAGUAUGAAUCGUACGGUAGUCACGAGGAAGCAUUGGCUGCUGGCAGUACCAUGGUUGACUUGCAAGUCUGGGUUAAGCUGUGUGAGAGGUGGGGAACUGAGGAAUUCAAGAGAAUUGCAAGACAAAAUCGGGAGAAUAGGAAAGCCCUAACCAUUAACCACACGGCAGGCCGCAAAUCGUUUGUUAGGCUAAUGGAGGAGAAGCGGGCUACUACUACGAAUUUGGUGGAGUUCUAUAAGGGGUCUCACUGGUCAAAGAAGAAUGGGAAAUUUGUCACAUCAGCAACUAAAAACACUUAUAAUGAGAUGGUCAGCAAGAUGGAUGGUCUAGAGCCCGAUCAACGCAACGAUGAAGCAGCAUCAAUUGUAUUUAGAGAGGUGCUUGGGCAUAGACCAGGAUACGCAAGGGGGUUAGGAGAGAUGGUCAUCCCGGAGUCAACAAGACAAUGGAACACCCAAAAAGAAAGAGUAUCUUGCUUUAAUUGAAAAACAUAAGACAGAUGCUGAGAAUUAUAAGAAAGAUGCCGACCAUUACAAGACGAAGCUUGAUCAAGUGAUGUGUGAAAUGCAAGCUCUUCGUGAGAGGCAAAAUGCUACUGAUCAGAUGUUGCAAAGCUUUUUUCAGAACUUUCAUGGCAACACCAAGUCUCUCCAGUCUCAUGGAGAGACUUAGUGAGGGCCAAGAAAUCAACUUCAAGGAUUUUUUAAGUAUUUUGGGGAUAUUUUUUGUAAUGGGAGAUGGUGGGUGGCCAAACUAUAAAUGAAAACUUUUAUAUAUAUAUAUAUAUAUAUAUAAAGAAUGUAAGGUUUUGAAAAAUGAGGCAUUUGGGCAGUGGGGGGAUUACUUGUGAUGGUUGUUUUCCAGAAAAUGUGGGCUGGAAAUGCUUUGAAGCACCAUAAACACCCAUUAAGAAUGCAGGAACAGCCAUUUUGAUGGAGCAGUUGGACAUGCAAACUGGAUGCACACAUGGAUGUUUUGUGGGUGACCAUUUUCUUUCACAUCCAAUUUUCCAGUUCUAAUGCUAAUUAAAGGUAGACUAAAGCUGGCAAUACAAGUUAUGAUAUGUGGCCAUACAUUGAUAAGAAUGGAUCAGAGAGAUUGAAAAUUUAAAAGCGCUGGAAAUGAAUCCCCCCCCAAUUGCUGCAUACGUGUUGAACCUGUUCUACCCAAUGCCAAAGUGGACAUCCAAGAACAGGUGACAUGAACUAAUUCUAACUAUAGAAGAGCAGGACAGUUGAACAAUUGUUGAUGAAUGUGGAGAUUUUCAAUUAAUGUUUAGGAGCAAGAAAUGAGAUCUAUAUACUUAGUAGUUUGUAAGUAUGGCAGGUUUUGCAAGUAGAAAUUGGUCCACUCCAAUGUAUAUAGCCCAUGACUGCACAUUAAUGUGAAUUUCCCACUAGUGUUUAUAUUCAUGAAUGUGUUUGAUUUAUUAUAUUCCUCAAGAUCAGUUUUUUUCAUAUAAUGAA